UUCCUUCAGUUUUCAGGGACCGUAGGCGCCAUAUUGAGCUUUUCUGCGCUUUCUGUAAAUCCCUGAAUAUUACCCAUUUUAAACAUGUUGUACUUAGAGGACUACCUCGAGAUGAUCGAGCAGCUACCCAUGGAUCUCCGCGACAGGUUUACGGAAAUGCGAGAGAUGGACCUGCAAGUUCAGAAUGCAAUGGACCAGCUGGAGCAGAGAGUUAAUGACUUUUUUGCCAACGCUAAGAAGAACAAACCAGAAUGGCGGGAGGAGCAGAUGGAGGGGAUUAAAAAGGAUUAUUAUAAGGCUUUAGAAGAUGCUGAUGAAAAAGUCCAAUUAGCCAAUCAAAUCUACGAUCUGGUGGAUCGACAUUUGAGGAAACUGGAUCAGGAGCUGGCUAAAUUUAAAAUGGAGCUGGAGGCUGACAAUGCUGGCAUCACAGAGAUCCUGGAGAGACGAUCUUUGGAAAUGGACAGUCCCUCUCAGCCUGUCAAUAACCACCAUGUCCACUCACAUGCAGCCGGAGAAAAGAGAAAGCACAGUGCACCAGCUCACCACAGUACCGAGCAUGUGCCGGAGAAGAAGUUUAAAUCUGAAGCUCUGCUCUCUACACUCACAUCAGAUGCCACUAAAGAAAACACACCAGGCUGCAGAGUGAACAGCACCUCCUCAACACCAAACAAUGUGUACAAUGUGAAUUCAUCCCAGACGCUAUCAUCCUACAACCUGAGCUCCCUGCCUGCGGGUCCGGCCGCCGGUGCAGGUGCCAUCAGUAUGGCAGCAGCCCAGGCAGUACAGGCCACAGCACAGAUGAAGGAGGGCAGGAGGACGUCCAGUUUGAAGGCGAGCUAUGAGGCCAUCAAGAAUAAUGACUUCCUUGGUCGAGAGUUUGCCAUGAGCAGAGAGAACUCUACCUACUCUUCUUCAACUCUGGCGUCCACUCUCACACAGAGCCUCACAACCACUAACAGCUCAGACUCUCGCACAGGACGCAAGAACAAAUCUAACAACAAGUCUUCCAACCACCAGUCUUCGUCAUCCUCCUCCUCUUCCUCCCUGUCAUCCUGCUCAUCCUCUUCAGCUCUGGCCCACGAACUCUCUCAGCAGACGGCAGUGCUACCAGAGAGUGACAGCAGUGGCCAAGUGGACUGGACCUACGACCCCAACGAGCCUCGUUACUGUAUCUGUAACCAGGUGUCUUACGGUGAGAUGGUUGGCUGUGAUAACCAGGAUUGUCCGAUCGAGUGGUUUCAUUACGGCUGUGUGGGCUUGACUGAGGCACCCAAAGGAAAGUGGUACUGCCCACAGUGUACAGCAGCCAUGAAGAGAAGAGGAAGCAGGCAUAAAUAGUCAUCAUCCUUGAGCCAAGCCAAACCCCCCUACCCAAUAAAAAGGAAGAAAAAAAACCUAACCUGAACUGAAAACUGUUUCCUGGCUGAUGCCUACCAUCUUUUUUCUUUUUAAAACUAGGAAAAAAGUUUCAUCAAUGUGAUCUGCCGUUUCCUUCAUACUGUCCGGACGGACAAUGUAAAAAUCAGGACUGUAUUGUUGUGUGUGUGCUUGGAAAUCUGUAUGUGUAUGAUACGUGAGCCAAGCUAUUUUUAUCUUCGAAGCGUCCUAAUCAGAGGGCGAGGGUUGCUGAUGCGCCCGACCCUCAAAGACAUUCCUGAGCCUGCCAUGCAUGAUGGUAGGGGUCAUGACCUCAGCACAAAUUAGUGCAACUCACUUUUCUUAAUCCAUAUUUACAAAGACAAUAGACAGACCUGGAAAUGUACUCUAUAUAGUCUGUGUUUGACUAUGAAAACUGCAUAUUGAACAAGGCCUUUAAUUCAGAGGGUGCCAAAAAUGGAAAGUGGUGUUGAUGGGUACCAGUAAGGAGUUUGUGGUUCUGGCAGCCUUGGUGUAUUUCAUAGACUCACUUUUAGAUUGCCCAUGCACUGCAAUUUUUGUUUCCAUGCUCUGACAUGCAUUUUAAUCUUACACUAGGCUCGACAGUGAGCUGAUACAUCAGUUCAUACUUAUUAGGAGCACGAAAACACUAUAACACCAUGUACACUUUUGCUCUAUUAGCAGAAAUAUCUGGAAAACACUACAGUAGGUGUGUUUAGUUGUGCCUCAUUCUGUGUAAUCUCACCACAUCACCUCCUUAAAAAGAAUUUGUGCACUUUUAAUAAUUGUGUCUGAAUAAUUGAUUGUCCACAUGAAAGCAGAAAUUCUUGCACAGCUAGUGUUAUAUGUCGAUUGAAUUAAAAGGCAACACAAAUGUUGCAUUCUUACUGAUAAGCUGCAAGUACACCCAUGAGCAUGUCAUUGGGGAUAAAUCCAGGUGCUGCCAGGUGUGCUGUAGUCAGAACAAAGUGAUUAUUGGGGUUUUGUGUUUGUGGUGUGAAGAUGUGUGUGAAUGUCAAGCUUGUAGUGCACUGAACUAAUGAUUUCAAGGUUUUCAGAUGGGGAAAAAAAACAAUAAAAUGAUCAAUUUUGCUA